GUCCGGACUACCUGAACCUCUGGACUUGAGUCCGGACCUGAACCUGAAUGUGAGUCCAGGUACACAGCACUAGUUUUGUACCAUGUUUUUCUGAGUUUCUGCUUGAAUAAAAAAAAAUCUGCUGAAAAAUAAAUAAAAAGAAAGGUUGGUUUGCAACCUGACAACAUACUGUAAUGGAAAAUGUAAAUAGUUUGGCAUGCAGGACACCAGAGGACACAUGUUUCUCAAAGGCCCUCCACUGUUUAUUUGCGUACAACCAGCAUGUGUGAAGCUGAUGCCGCUGUGGUCAGUCUUCACCGUCCUCAAGUCACACCGUGUGGUACAACACAUAAACGUGGUUUAUCUUUGUUUUAUAUGAAACCACCUUCAUGGAAAGUAGCUGCCUUGCAUUUCCCACAUCAUUUGCCAGGGGUUUAUCCACAUCACGCAUGGUUUACUUUGGCAGUUUGUAUAUCUUGGACUCCGACGCUGAAUUUAGUCUUGCUGAAGUGAGUUUUCCGGUGGUGAGUGGUGGGUAUGCCUUUGCUUUCUGACAAUGGUUAUUCACAGUUACAUAUGACUCUCCUGUUCAUGCAAUUGACAACUAAAGCAAAUGUUCUCAUAGAGCAGUGUGAUAAUUAUUCUGUGAUUUCCAGGCAUGUGAUUCGGUAAAAAAGUGCUUUCAUCUGACAACUGUAGAAAGAUAAAUAUUCAACUCUUGACAUCAUGACACCUAAGGGGGCUACACUGAAGGGUCUCCCACCAUCAGUAAUGGCCACUGUGGUCAUGUUUCUCAUUCUGAUACCAGCUGCGGACAGUGCUAUCCAGAUAAACUGCUCUGAACCGAGCCAGCCCUCCCUACUGGAGGCUCUGGCUCCAAUCUUUAACCUGAGCGCCAUACGACCUGUCAUGAACUUGACCACCCGCACCAACGUCAACAUAUCCUUCAUCAUGUAUGGGAUACUAGGAGUGGAUGAAAAGGGUCAACUCUUGCUUACCUACCUUUGGCAGCAUUUUUGGUGGAUGAACGAGUUUGUCCGCUGGGAUCCAACGCAGUGUGGCUCCGAUAAGAUUUCUCUUCCCAGGAAAAAGUUUUGGGUGCCAGAUAUUGUCAUCAAUGAAUUUAUGGAUGAAAACACAGCCCCCUUUGUGCCGUAUGUGUACCUGUACAGCGAUGGUAGGGUGCACGAUGCCUCACCAAUCAGAGUGGUCAGUUCCUGUAACCUCGAUAUCUACACUUUUCCCUUCGAUAUACAGAACUGCACUAUGACUUUCAACUCCUACAUCCACCUGGCUAAGGACAUAAUGAUUGUCCUGGAUAGGGAUGCAGAAAACAUCACCAAGCUCUCCAAAAGCUGGAUGACCACCAUGGGAGAGUGGGAGCUGCUGGAUAUCACCUCCCAUCACAGUGACGGAGAUAUCGAGGGGAAUUACAUUGAUGAGCUUGUAUUUCAUGUCAUAGUGAGGCGUCGAGCCACCCUGUAUGUGGUGAACCUGCUGAUCCCCAGCUGCUUCCUCAUCACAGUGGACCUCUUCAGCUUCAUGCUGCCCCCCCAGACUGUGGACCGUUCCUCCUUCAAGAUGACCCUCAUCCUGGGAUACACUGUCUUCCUGCUCAUCAUGAACGACCUGCUGCCUAUCACCGGAAACACCAUUCCUCUCAUAAAUGUGUUCUUCUCCCUCUGCCUGGCUCUGAUGGUGACCAGUCUGCUGGAGACUGUCCUCAUCACCAACCUGCUGUGUGGCUCGGCCGACUUCUCUCCCGUCCCUCGCUGGGUCCGAGUGUUUGUUCUGGAAAUUCUGGGCCGUCUGGUUUGCCUGCCUCAGAAGACUAAAGAAAAGAGUACAUUCUGCAUGAAACCCUACGCUGAGGCGACACAGCAGAAAGCUGACGGGCCUCCAGAGGAGAAGGGGACAGCGCUGGAGGACAAGGCCCUUCAGGAGCUCAGGAGCCUGGGUAGGGACCUCCAGGCCAUCCGCCUCCAGGUGCAGCAGCAGGAAGGAAGCCAGAGCUCGCAGGAGUGGAUCCAGCGCUGCCCGCUGAAACUCAAGCCUUCUAAGGUUCUAUUCAUCUUCAUCUCUGUGCUCAUGCAUGCUCCGUGUAGUUCCAUCAUGCAGAACUGCUCUCGACCUGACACACCUUCCCUGCUGGAGGCUCUCCAACCGGUCUUCAAGCUAAACGAAAUUCGACCUACCAUGAAUAUGUCAACUCCCACCAACGUCAGCAUUGGCUUUGUCCUGUUUGGCAUUUUGGGCUUGGAUGAAAAGGCUCAAGUUCUUAAAACGUAUAUCUGGCAAGAUAUGAGAUGGAGAAAUGAAUUUGUCGAGUGGGACCCAGAACAGUGUGGUUCUUCAGCGAUUACAAUUCCAAGGAAACUGCUCUGGGUACCAGACAUGGUCAUCAAUGAAUUUAUGGAGAAGAAUUCAGCUCCAUUCGUGCCCUACAGUUAUCUGUAUUCGAAUGGCUUCGUGCUGGAUUCACAUCCGAUCAGAGUGAUCAGCUCCUGCAGACUCGACAUCUACACGUUUCCAUUUGACGUCCAGAACUGCAGUUUAAGCUUCAACUCUUAUUUACACCGUAAGGCUGCUCUGCAGAUGGACAUCUCUACCUCUGUAGAGGAUAUUUUAAACCAAUCAAAAAAAGUGAUGACAACCAUGGGUGAGUGGGAACUCAUUGGUCUCACAGUGCAAAGGAUCACUCUACCAGCUGGGGAUGACGAAUUGUACCAAGAGAUUCGCUUCUUUGUGACAGUGAGGCGCCGGGCCACCCUCUAUGUGGUGAACCUGCUGAUCCCCAGCUGCUUCCUCAUCACAGUGGACCUCUUCAGCUUCCUGCUGCCCCCCCAGACUGUGGACCGUUCCAUGUUCAAGAUGACCCUCAUCCUGGGAUACACUGUCUUCCUGCUCAUCAUGAACGACCUGCUGCCCACCACUGGAAACACUAUUCCUCUCAUAAAUGUGUUCCUGGGGCUGUGUCUGGCUCUUAUGGUGAGUAGUCUAAUGGAGACUAUCAUCGUCACCAACCUGCUGUGUGGCUCCGCUCACUACUCUCCAGUCCCUCGCUGGCUCCGAGUCUUGGUUCUUCAAAUCCUGGGUCGCCUGGUUAGGCUUCCUCCAAAGCCCAGAGAUCUAGAGGACACAGUCAUCCAGAAUCCUGCCACACAAGAAAUGAAAGUCUUCUCUGUGGUGGCAGCGGACAGCGAGGCUCCAAAACAGAAGGGACAGCUGAAUAACGACAAGGCCCUUCAGGAGCUGAGGAGCCUGGGUAUGGACCUCCAGGCCAUCCGCCUCCAGGUGCAGCAGCAGCAGGGAGGAAGCCAGAGCUCGCAGGAGUGGAUCCAGGUGGGAUCCAUCAUAGACCGCCUGCUGUUCGGCCUAUACAUCCUCUUCAUAUCAGUCAGCUUCGUUACCAUGAUCAUAAUCUGGGUGAAAUCAUGAAACAUAUUCUGAGUUCGCUUUUUUCAUAUUUUGGGGGAUUGUGAACUAUUAUUUGUUAUCAUGCUUUUUUGUUCAAUAAAAAACAUGAUUUCUGUUAUUCCUUGUCAGUUUGUACUUCGAAAAGCAUUUGAAAGAAGCUUUUUACAUUUUGUACCCCUUUUAAAAUACAUUUGAAUGUUUUGUCAUGUAUUUUCUUUUGUUGAAAAUGGUCUUGCCUUUGAAACAAAUAUCCGAGAGUUUCUGAAACUCCUGUUGACUCUUCUCUUUCAACAAUAAUUUGCAUACACGUACAAACUAUUGGACUUACAGUAAAUACUCUAACCUCAAGGUAUCUUCCAAACUUAGCAUGUGUUUUAAAGGUUCUUGGCUUCAUUGAAAACAUACAUCUCAACAG